AUGGGUAUUCCUGGGCUUAUCAAUGCACUCGGAAACGGGGAGCGAAUUUCCUUGUCUAAACUGGCAAUAACUCAUUUGGAACGCACAUCGCGACCUAUCAGGAUAGCUGUUGAUAUCUCAAUAUGGCUGUUCCAGGUACAAGCCGGUCGCGGCGGCAAAAACCCAGAGCUCCGUACACUAUUCUACAGACUGCUCAAAAUAUUGGCUUUACCAAUCCACCCGCUUUUCGUCUAUGAUGGCAAGGAUAAGCCGCCCUUCAAGAGAGGAAAAGCUGUAUCCGGGCGGAGCUACGGGAAUGCACCGAUCAUUCAGCUUUCGAAGAUUUUGAUCGAUUUGUUCCGGUUUCCACGUCAUGAUGCCCCUGGUGAAGCAGAAGCAGAAUGUUCCAGGCUUCAGAUGGCCGGAGUCGUCGAUGCGGUCAUGAGUAACGAUGUGGAUGCACUCAUGUUCGGGUCGGAGUUUACUAUCAUGAACUUCUCGAAAGAACCCGGAAGCAGCUCUGGUGGCGCAACACAUGUUACUAGUUACAAAAUGGGUGGCGAUGACACAUCCAACGUGAUUCUUGAUCGUUCUGGAAUGAUUUUAUUCGCCAUGCUGAGCGGAGGCGACUAUCUACCAUCGGGUGUUCCAAAAUGUGGCAGUAGACUCGCCGCGGAAAUUGCGAAAGCGGGGUUCGGCGAAGACCUACUAGAAGUGUUAGAGGCAGACGGAGGUGAUCUCGAUACACGACUCAAUGAAUGGAGAGAAAGGCUUCAGUACGAACUCGAGGAGAACGAAAGCGGAUAUUUCCAGACAAAGCACAAAGUUGUUCGAAUCCCAGAGGAGUUUCCCGAUCAGACAAUUUUGUCAUACUACGCGAAACCUGUUGUUUCAUCAGAUCGAGAUAUUGAAUCUCUGAAAUGGCGCCUACAGAAUGCAUGGGACAGAGAGGUGGACGUUUGGCAACUAAGGCAAUUCACGGCUGAUGCGUUUGAAUGGAAUUAUCGCUCUGGAGCGAGGAAGGUAAUAAGGCUCCUGGCUGAGCCUCUGGUCUCCUACAAGCUUCGUCUCGGACAACAUCCUUCGACAUUUGGCAGGCCCAGAUUGUCCAACAGUAAUGCUCGCGUCCUACAGAAAGUAUACAAAAGUCGAACGAGCUUCAACACGGAUGGACUGUCCGAACUUCAGUUCGAUAUGAUUCCAAUUGAUAUUGUUGGCCUGGAUCUACUGAGCGAGGAGCCAAAUCCCCCACUGCCUUCCCAAGGAACAGCAGCAGCCUCUGGCGAUGAGGAAGAAGAAGGAGAAGGCGAGACGGGAGUUGUUCCACAAUCACCAACCAAGAAAAGAACUCCAAAACGGUACGAUCCUUACUCUACCGAGAAGGUGUGGAUUUUCGAGACCCUGGCUUUGAUGGGUGUCCGAGAUGCCGUGGAGGGUUGGAAGAAGGAGCAGCAGGCAAAACAAGCCGCAAAACAGCCCGCAGCAAGAAAGACGACAAGCCGGAAACCGGGUCCCAGAAGACGGAAAGAGCUGGAUCCGGGCAUGAAACAAGGAAGUAUCCUGAAAUAUGGUACUCUCAAAAAAGGGCGCUCCGACAUGACGGAAUACAAGAAUGCGCAGCUGUUCGAAGCAGCAGUUUCCACGACAUCUCCAUCCAAGUCCCAGCCACUUUCAAGCCCUGGAACGUAUGGACUAACAAUGUCGACACCUCCAAAAAUUGGCCAGCGUGCAGAUGGCUUUGACUAUCUAGUUGAUCGGUUUGCAUCGUGCAGCCUAUCUGGAUCCCCGGUUAAACGACGCCCGGUUACGAGAUCUACGAAUUCUCGACGUACGGCUCUAAGCCCAGGUGGUGGUAUGGAGAUAGUUGAAAUCGCAGACGAGGAUUAUUCUCCGCCCGCGACACCGAGAAUCCGUAUGAGCUACUCAAAUACCAGCUUCAGGGAACUACGCUGCCAUGACCAUUUCACACAGCCGUGUACAGUCACACCACCAAGUUUAAAUAAAGGGAAAUUGUCGUCGGAAAUAGACAACCUUGAAAACGCCGUUGCAUCUCUGCAGCUAGAUCUGCAGUUGGAGACGCGUGAUGCAAAGACUAUAGAAAAAUCGCCCAAUAAAUCACCGAAGACGAAACCUAAGAAGCCACAAGCCGAUUCCGAAAUGGUCACUCCUAACCGAAACAUUUCGGAUGUUCACGAGGAAGACCCACAACCAAAACAUCGAGCGAAAUGUGUCAAAGAUGAAGAUGCUGUUUUAUCUGCGAAAGAAGAUGCGCAGAGUAAAACAGCCUACCACGAUCUCGCCGAUACUAAGAAAACCCCAACUCACAUUGAAUCUGUCACUGUAUGUGGGGGAUACUGGAACGUGGAUACUGAGCCUCCAAAUGAAGAGAACGAAGAUGAGCAUGCUCAAGAUCUCGAAGAGACAGACAAGGGCAAAAAGAAGACGAAGAAGAAGCGGAUUCCUCGAGUCAGUAUUCUGGACCUGACUUGA